AUGGUCAAGAACGACGCGCUCUUCUCUUAUGUGGCGCCCGGCAACCUGUUUGCCUGGCUGUUAAUGCCCCUGCGGUACUUCAUGCCAGUCGACCAGUAUGUUUGGCUGAACCGCAUGGUGAUUAAGGUCACCCACUUCCCUCUGCUGUUUUGCAUCUACUUCUAUGAGAAGUAUAUUCUCGCAGCAGACAUGUACGAGGCGACAGACCUUGUGGACAAGCCGAGACACAACCGCGCUUCGACCGUCCACGACCUUGUUAGCCGGUCGGCCUUCUUUAGCCCCAGCAUUCGUGUCCGUGAGGAUUCGGUGUUUGGCUAUCAGAAGGAUCGCGUGCUUGACGAGGUCUUUCGUCGCGCGCCUGAUGUGCGUACUCAGCGGCGCAACGAGAGGCGCAAGACGCAAAAUAAUGCCAUCCGUACUUGGAUGGACCAACAAGAGGCUGGGGGCUACACCUCGCCUCAUAGGAAUUAUUCGACCAUGGACCGAGUCGUUUCGACUGGCUGGGAGAGGCGGUUCAGCAUGAGCCGCGAGCGGCCUUCGAGGAUGCACAGGAUUUAUUCCGACAUGCGGUCGGCUGCUAGCGACCCGGCCGAGUUCAUCUCUGAUGCGCCGUAUCCGACUGCCUCUGAAGUCUCUAAGGAAGAUGGCAGCGCCGCUCGCAGGGACUAUGCCACUGACACUAAGGAGGUCACGGAUGGUGAUGCCGACGGCGACGACGAGCUUGUCACCAAUGAUGAGGACGAGGAGGACAUGGUGACGACCAACAACAACGACGAGACCGGCACCGCGCAAGAACAUGCUGUUGAGACCGAAUCGGAGUACUUCACGACGCCGGUUAACCAGCGCUCCGGUAACCUCGAACCCUCAUCCCUCGAUUCUCCACGCCCGCCGACGUCACGCCGAGUCCCCCUGCACACGCGGACGCUCUCUUCGAACACCAUUCUCUUUAUGGGGGAAGAGGAUGUCAAACAACAGCAACAAGGACACAGCGACUCGUCCGCGUCGGGCUGGCCUGCCCCCCCAUCCCGGCCUGUGAACCGUCCCAUGCGCAGCAAUACCCUCGGUGAUGGUCGUCGUUCGCCCCGGCGUGCUCUUUACCUUUCCCAGCAACGUCCACGCUCCAUGGUCUACACUGGUUCAUCCGGACCAGUCUUUGACCUUUCUCGCACGGCGCCGAACCGUCCCGGCCUAACCCUCGAUACCAACAUUACCAAUACCACAUCUCCAUCCUACUAUUCCUACACCUCUCACUACUCCUCUCGCCACGGCCACUACGACUACCAUUCAUACCACGCCCGGCCCUUACCCCGGCGCAAGUCUCUUGCCGAUUUGAUUCCUUCGCCGGAGUCCGUGAUUCAUGCACCACUCGGCAACGUCCCCUCAGACUACACCAACGCCGGCAGCGGCGGUAGUGGAGGCAGCAGGGGCAUGAGCAGCAAGAUGAUGUGGGCCAAGAUGAAGUCGCUGGAAGCCAGUCUGGGGGGUAUUGCGCGUGAGAUGAGGUCGUUGAGAAAAUCGGUGCCAAAUACGGCGCAUAAUUCGGGGGAGGAGGAAGAUGGAUUGAGAAGGGGGGCAUUUAUUGACGAAGAAGAGUUGGAGGAGGGGCUGGUUGCCGGAGGUGGGUCGGGAGGAGGUUCCGUGAGUGGGAGUGGUGGGGAUCGCAGGAGGCGAUAUCAUUGGCGGCAUCAACAGUAUCAUCAGGAGAGACAGCAGCAACAGCAACAGCAAAGGUUGCCGUUCCCGGGGUCGGAUCCUUCUUCGACAGCGUCAGUUGUCGGAGGGUCGGGGGCCUUCAUUGAGGUUGCGAGGGAGAAGGAUCGGGAUAGAGAACGGAUGGGCGGCUUAAGGAGGUCGCGGACCCUGCCAAAGAGAAUUCACCACCAUCAUACAUCGUCGCAAUACCUCUCUCAGCAGCAGCAGCAGCAGCAGGCUGGUCCUUGUCCUUCCAGUGCUACGGGUGUCUCGAGCGGGAGAAGAUCAAGCGUCUUCCGUAGUCCGCGCAGCGCAGCAGGUAGCUCAACGACGACCCCAAGUACGGCGAUCAACACUGCUGCUGCCUCUGGGCUGGGCAUUGCCGCGUCCAGCAGCAGUCGAAAGGGCAAGGAGAAGGAGGUUGGUGGUCCGGAUCCUGUAGAUGAGAUGGCGCCUUUGCUGCCUCCACCGGCCAUGGCGACAACCACAGAGGAUGAGAGUGAGGAUGUCAGUGAGGGUCAUGCUGUCUCGCCUGGUGAUACGUCGAUGUUGGGAUCAUCGGCACGGGGGAAGAGGACGAGGAGGAGGAGAAGGGGGAGCGUUGCGUCGCUUUGA